CCGCAAAUGCUGCGUGGCUGCAGAGUGGAGCGCGAGAGGAGUAGGUAGGUUGCUGGAAAGGGGCAAUCCCAGCCGGAGUUCCUCCGGAGUAAAUCUGGAGUAAAUCCCGAUCAGUCAUUCACGUGGAGUCAAUCUGCCUGGGAUGUUGUGCUGGAAGAGUCUCGAGCCAGGCAGGGCUGCAGCGGAGGAGCAGUGAGCGCUUUUGGACCGGAUCGGUGCUAAGAUGAUGCUUGCCGAAAGGAAGACGUUUUCAUUGCCUGGAAGGCCGCUGAGUCAUAUGCUAUCCCACCACUUCGUUUGUUUUUGGGAUGAGGCUUGAUUUCAUGUUUGAACUGAUGACACAGUUUUAAUCGUCCAUGGUGGAAUACUUUUCCAAUAUCGGGAGUGGGAUGGUCUGUACAGGGAUAGAUCUUCUCUUGGAUCAUCCAGACGUGUACUGAACGGAGUGAUAUCUUUUCUCAUCUUUUGGAGGAACAAGAAUGUCUUCCACCCAAAGAACCUCAGCAACCCUGAGCCUUCCAUUCCAAUCGGUGCCAGGAACUGUGGUUUUUCCACAAAGAAAUAUAGAGGAUCAAAAAUCUGGGGGGUUCAGCCUUGGAGAUAGAUUGCCUGAAUGUCCAGAAAGCCCCUGUAGCAAUAGUCAGGGGAAAGAUGAAGACUACCUGAGCUGCAGAGAUGGAAUCCAUGCAGGAAUGAAGGUCCUCAAUUCAAAGCUUUCCCGCUGGGACACCACAAAGGCUUUGCUGCCAUCUGUAGAGGGAGCAGCAUAUCCUAGAGGAGAAGUGGUGACUCGCCUUUUGCCAAGCAUCAGUGGAGAAGCUGAGCCAGACUCCACCUGCCUGGAUUCCAGGGGAACCUAUGAAGAGCCCUCAGAAAAGGAUGCCACUGCUGCGGAAAUGCUGCGGCAAAACUUCCGGCAGUUCCGAUACUGGGAGGCCGAGGGACCCCAGGAGGUUUGCAGUCAGCUGUGGUAUCUCUGCCAUCGGUGGCUAAAGCCGGAGAAACACACCAAGGAGCAGAUCCUGGAGCUGUUGAUCUUGGAACAAUUCCUGGCCAUCCUGCCCCCAGAGAUGCAGGGCUGGAUUGAGAGAGGUUGCCCCGGGACCUGUGCCCACGCAGUGGCCCUGGCUGAGGAUUUCCUGCAGAAGAAUCAGGAAACUAUGAGGUGGGGAGAGCAGGAGGCUUUUCUGGAGACACCUGUGAAUUCUCUUGAAGCGGAGCCCACACCUUCCGAGUCUGAUGGGGAAUGGCUCUACACAGAGAUGAAAGAGGAAGGCCGUGGGAGAGCCAACUGUCUGAGUGAUGGGCAGUUGAGGGUAAAGGAGAUGCCGCAGCUGGAAAGUCUGAAGGAAAUGGAGAUGCAUGGACCAAAAAAAGAGAGAUGCUCUCUGCUUUCAACAGAGGAGGAAAUCAUUUCUAGCCCUCCUGGAUCAGACAAAGAGCUGGGCAAGGAUCCAGCAGUUGGUAUUGCUGGCGCCAGACCACCCCACAAUCUUGGUGAAUGCACAACUAAAUUGAAAAGUUCCAGAGGCAAGCAGGAGACAACGUGUAGUGUGUGUGGGAAGAGCUUCAGCCGGAGGACAGGCCUCUUGGCCCACGAGAGGGUCCACACAGGGGAGAAGCCAUACAAGUGCUCUCACUGUGGAAGAAACUUCCGUUCCAAGUCGACCCUGGUGGUGCACCAAAGAACCCACACUGGGGAGAAGCCCUACCAGUGUCGUGAGUGUGGGAAGGGCUUCCCAGUGACAACACAGCUAAUCGAACACGAGCGUACCCACUCAGGGGAAAAGCCCUAUGAGUGCACUGAGUGUGGGCAGACAUUCCGCCAAAGGUCGCACCUAAAGAACCACCAGAAAAUUCACACAGGCCUCAAGCCGUUCAAAUGCUCGUACUGUGGGAAAGGCUUCAGCAUCAGCUCUGACCUAAUUCGGCAUGAGAGGGCCCACACAGGGGAGAAGCCUUACCAGUGCCCAGACUGUGGCAAGCGGUUCUGCAACAGCUCUCAGGUGAUCACUCAUCGGCGGGUCCACACGGGAGAGAAACCAUACAAGUGCCUGGAGUGCGGGAAAGGGUUCACUGUCAGCCAGCAGCUGAUCCGGCACCAGGCCAUCCACACAAGGGAGAAGCCAUAUCAGUGCCUAGAAUGUGGGAAGACCUUUGGCGUCAGCACACUGCUGGUUGGUCACCUAAGGAUCCACACAGGGGAGAAGCCGUAUGAGUGCUCGGAAUGUGGGAAGUGUUUUCGCCGGAGCACUGGUCUGAUUGCACAUCAAAGAAUUCACACUGGAGAGAAGCCCUAUGAAUGCUUGGCCUGUGGGAAAUCCUUCACAUUGCGGUCCAACUUGAUUUCCCAUGAAAGAACUCACAAUGGAGAAAAACCAUAUCCGUGCCAAGAAUGUGGGAAAAGUUUCAGUGUGAGUUCACAGCUCAUUAAACAUAAAAGAACCCACUCAGGAGAAAAACCCUACAAAUGCACAGAAUGUGGACAAACAUUCCGCCAGAGCUCGCACCUUAAAAACCACCAGAGAAUCCACACAGGAGACAAACCAUUUAAAUGUUCAGACUGUGGAAAAAGCUUCAGUGUGAGCUCAGACCUGAUUAGGCAUGAGAUAUCCCACACGGGGGAGAAACCGUACCAGUGCCCAGACUGUGGAAAACGGUUCUGUAACAGCUCACAGAUCAUUACACACCAGCGUGUUCACACAGGAGAAAAGCCCUAUAAAUGUCUGGAAUGUGGGAAAAGCUUCACUGUGAGCCAGCAGCUCAGUCGGCACCAGAGAGUUCACACAGGAGAGAAACCAUAUAAGUGUCCCGAGUGUGGGAAAACCUUUGGUGUCAGCACACUCCUUACUGGACAUCUGAGGAUUCACACUGGAGAGAAACCAUAUGAAUGUUCAGAAUGUGGGAAAAAAUUCAGGUUACAUUCAAACCUUAUUGCGCAUCAGAAAAUACAUGCUGCGAGGAAAUCCUAGAAAUGGUUUGAUUGUGGGAAUAAAAAAGGAUUUUGUUGAA